AUGGCAAGAGACCUUGCUCAACACACAUUCCCGAACUCGCACCCACGUCGCAGAUGCCGUCAAACGGAACCCAUCGGUCAUGCGGAGUUCGUUGGAGGACAAUUCCACACACUCAUCGAUCCACUCCGUCAUCGAGACGGACGCGUAGUUCUUGUCAUCGACGCCAUAGACGAAUGCAAAUCUGGACCUCAGCGAAAGGAACUUGUCGACACGCUUGCUAAAGCCGUUCGACAAAGCAAGAACCUCAAGGUAUUCAUCACGAGUCGGCCAGACGCCGUCAUCGAAUCGGUUCUUCAACCACUCUCGAUCAAAUGUAAAUUGGAAGACCGGUUGCAUGAUGUCAAACAUCGUGACAACGUAGAUGACAUCGCGAUGUAUGUCCAUCAAUCCCUCUACACUGUUCUACCCCAGGACAAGAGGCAGCGGUUGAUUGAGAAGGCGAGGGGAUUGUUCAUCUGGGCGAGCACCGCAUGUCGAAUGAUCAACAACGAGACGACAUGGGAAACGCCUGAUGGAGACAUUGACGACGUAUACAAGCUCAUCUUCGAGCGGAUAGAUCCCAAAUUCCAUACCAUCAUGUGGAGCAUGCUUGCACUACUGCUCGCUGCAUUCGAACCACUUACCUCCGAGGAUCUAGACAACAUUCUCAAGCAUAGUAGACUACGGGGACACUUCAGGGUGUUGAUUCGAGAACUUGGAAGUGUUCUUAUCGAAGAUGAAGCAACAAAAGUCAUUCAGUUUCGUCACCCUACUCUUGUGGAAUAUCUGCGACGGCGCUGUCUAGGCCCAGACCUCAAAGAGCCAAGUGGAAUGUAUAUCGACAUCGCCAAUGCACACGGUCAAAUUGCAUCGUGGGGUUUCAAUAAACUUCAAGCACCGAAGGAAGGCCUCAAGUUCAAUAUAUGUGAAUCGUCCUUCUAUCGAAACAGAGAUGCCGGAUCUAGAGGCAAGAAUAUCAAAGUUCAUCAGAAUGAACGUUCGAUAUGCGAGUUUACACUGGCCGUUUCAUAUGGCCGAAACGGAUAG